CACGCCAGCCAACGCUAGGUGACGCAUCUCCACACCACACACCUCUAUCAUAACAGCAUCAUGCCUGCCGUGCCUUCAGAUAUUACCUCUGUCGUGUCCGAGCUCACCACUAGUGUGGAGGUCUUCAAGGGUCAGCUGAGGGAUGCUUUUACUUCCCUGGACCUGACCACGGUCGCAGCCAUUCUCCUGGUUGUUGUCGGCGCCAUCCUCCUAUACGACCUCCUUGUGUACGCCUUGGCCUCCGCCUCCACGAGGAGAUCUCUUAUGAUGACGCCCCUCCUCAGCCAACUGGCCACCAACGCCUGGGACAUGAGGGACGAACUUGGUUUAUCCAAUAUGAUCGAAUCCAGGUCCCUAGAGACAGUUUCCCCUAUUCUGGAGACUAUUUUUAUGGCUAUGGAUAAGUACGAGAAACGAGAGUAGGAAAACAACCCUGAUCUUCACAAAGCCUCCAGGGCUCAUCUCCAGAAGGCGUCGUCCAGGCUUCAAAUCUCUCCAGAAGAUUUCCAGGAUUUUAGCUCAUUCUUGAAGUAUUAUUUUUCCAUCCGUGAGGGGUCUUCACUGCUUCUUAUACAGUGCAGGUUACUUGUUGGUGUUCCCAAGAAAUAAACUGAGCUCUCUGUUAUUAGGAAGUACCGGUGUCGCACUCUUCAUGAAUGAUAACCCAAAUCAAAAUAUUCGUUUACGGUGCCAUUCAAAAAAAAAAAUGCUCAUCUCUCUAGUUCAUUUUUUCUGGUAAGAAAUAUUUUUUAGAUAUAGUCUUAGAAAUUAGGAGUCAUUUUCCUUUUGUGAUAGUGAGGGUUCCUUUGUACAGUUUAGUAGCAAAUAGCAAAAAAUAUUUCUGAAGGUCCCUUGCAAUUCACGUUCUCUCUAAGAAAAAUAUGACAAUAAUAACUUCAAUUAAAUAAACCGUUUCUCUAGUUCAUAUUAUGCUUGUAGAACAUUUAAGGAGCAGGUUCUAAAUGGUAGAAACUUGUAAGACAAUCCUUCUUAAAUCAUGAACGGUCUCCUCGCCGGUCGAUGGAUAGACCUCUCGCAAUACUUCCCAGAUUGUUCUCAACACCUUCAUGCUUCUUCACUCAUCCUCUGCUCCCUUCCAAAAGUCUUUCAGAGUUUUCCUGUUUGAUAUUUUUUGUCUUAGUUAUUCUAUAAGGUGGAUAAUUUAUCAAUUGUAUUUAUAGCAUUGUUGAAAUAAAUGUAUUGACUAAUUUA